AUUGGUUAGAUGUGUAAGUACGUGUCAAUGGUCAUGUAAACGAAAACUACAUGAUAAAAAAGAGCAUUAUGGAUAUGUAGUGUGUCUUAUAGUAAUUCUAUAUUUAAAAAAAAAAAUACCAGGAAAUUGAGGAUAAUAUGGAGAAUAUUCAGAAUCUCCCUAUUGACAUUCAAACCAGCAAGCUUCUCGACUGGCUGGUGGACAGGAGACACUGUUCUCUGAAAUGGCAGAAUGCAGUGAUGCUCAUCAGGGAGAAGAUCAAUGCUGCUCUCCAGGACAUGCCAGAGAACGAGGAGAUCAAACAGCUGCUCAUGGGCUCAUAUAUACACUAUUUCCAUUGCCUAAGGAUAGUGGAAAUACUAAAGGGAACAGAAGCCUCAUCCAAAAAUAUAUUCGGCAGGUAUUCAUCACAAAGGAUGAAGGACUGGCAAGAAAUAGUGUCCUUAUAUGAGAAAGAUAAUGCAUAUCUAGCGGAGUUGGCCAGUCUGCUGAGCCGCAGUGUAUGCUACGAGGGCCCUGCUUUGAGGAAACAGGUGGCUAAAGCACAGCAGCUGCAGCAGGAGCUGAGCAGGCGGGAGCUAGAGUGCCAGAGUGGAGCUGCAGACAUGAGGGAGCGCUACUACGCAGCCUGCAAGCAGUACGGCAUUACGGGGGAGAAUGUGGCGAGGGAGUUGCAGGCCCUUGUUAAGGAUUUACCUACUGUAUUGGAGGAAACAGGGAGAAAAGCUGCCUGCCUGGAGGAAACGAUGAAGCUCUACACAGCUUUCACUAAGUUUGUCUGCGACUGGUCUGAGCCUGUUCUACCUAUGCUGUCAUUCAUUCAACAAAAAGGAAACACAACAGUGUAUGAGUGGAAGACAGGAAACAUCCCAACGGUUAUAGAGAGACCUGUAGUAGAGGAAGCACCACCUGACACUGUCACAGAGGAAACGAUUGACUGGGGCAACUUAUGCAGCGGUGCUGAGGAGGUGAAUUUUGGGACCACAGCUGAGGAGGGGGUGGACUGGGGCAUCACACUUGAGUCUGGCAAAGAGGAAACAGGUGAUGGUGGCAUUGACUGGGGUGAAACUGCAACUGCUGCAGUGGAAAUCGAAGUUGUUGCUGCAGGCACUGACUGUCCUGAAGGUGUUGCGAGAGGUGAGGAUGCACUCUCUCUGCUCGAGAACCUACAGACUCGAAAUCAGUUUAUCGAUGAAUUGAUGGAGUUGGAAGUGUUUCUGUGUCAGAGACUGAGUGAGAUGAGUGAGGAGGGCGAUAUGGUGGCCAUGAGCCAGUUCCAGCUGGCUCCCUCUAUCAUCCAGGGGCAGACCCGUCAGCGUGUGCAGGCCAUGCUGGCAGAUGUGCGCCACCUCCUGGAAGGACUGACAUCACUGCGCAUGAAGCAUCUGUUCAUGAUCCAGGCAUCGCCACGCUAUGUGGAGCGUGUGUCUGACAUGCUGAGGCAGAAACUAAAGCAGGCUGAUAUCUUGGUGCUGAAACAAGCCUCCCUGGCUGAACGGAAGCAAGAAGCUCUCGAGGAACAGGCCAGCCUGGAACCUCGCAUCGACCUGCUUGCUGCCCACACCAAGGAACUGCAGAAACUGAUUGAAGCUGACAUCUCAAAACGGUAUAACAAUCGACCAGUCAACCUUAUGGGAGUUCAUGUAUAAACUGCAUAGUCCAAACAACCAUUUCAUAAAUAAAUAUUUUAUAUCAUUAAAAUA